UCACCACUAAACCCUCGGGGACUCUGUCGCAACUCAACACUUACUUUCAUCGUUUCGCUUCGCUCACUUUCCUAUGAUUUUCAUUUCGAAUUCCAUGCCUUGUAAGACUCUCCCUUGCCGGACUCUGUUUCCACAGUGCGCAGCAUCUUCCGGCCCCCGCCAAUGGUUGCCUUCUUCACUCUCCAAUGCAGGUAAGCGAGUCAGAGAGCUUCGCUGCGAGUUCGAAGUGAACCUUAAUGGCGCUCUUUCCGGCGACUUCGACCCUCGUUCCGUCGAUAGGAAAAAAGCGUUGGAGGCAGCAAUGAAUGACAUAAAUGGCUCAUUUGGGAAAGGAAGUGUUACCAGACUAGGAAGUGCUGGCGGAGCAUUAGUGGAAACUUUCCCAAGUGGCUGUUUGACGUUAGACUGUGCCUUAGGUGGUGGCCUUCCUAAAGGCAGAAUUGUCGAGAUAUUUGGACCAGAAAGUAGUGGAAAGACCACCCUAGCAUUGCAUGCAAUUGCAGAAGUACAGAAACUAGGAGGAAAUGCGAUGCUUGUAGAUGCAGAGCAUGCCUUUGAUCCAACAUAUUCUAAAGCCGUAGGAGUAGAUGUAGAAAAUUUGAUUGUCUGCCAACCUGAUCAUGGAGAGAUGGCACUUGAGAUUGCUGAUCGCAUGUGUAGAUCCGGUGCUGUAGAUCUCAUUUGUGUUGAUUCUGUCUCUGCUCUUACACCAAGAGCAGAAAUUGAAGGUGAGAUUGGUAUGCAGCAAAUGGGUCUGCAGGCACGCCUCAUGAGUCAAGCUUUACGUAAAAUGUCUGGAAAUGCGUCAAAAGCUGGUUGCACUCUCAUAUUUCUGAAUCAAAUACGAUAUAAGAUUGGUGUGUAUUAUGGGAAUCCAGAAGUGACAAGUGGAGGAAUUGCAUUAAAGUUCUUUGCCUCACUUCGACUUGAAAUACGUUCUAUUGGGAAGCUAAAGUCUGCUAAAGGAGAUGAAGAAAUUGGGAUUCGAGUUCGUGUUAGAGUCCAAAAGAGCAAGGUGUCGAGGCCAUACAAGCAAGCUGAGUUUGAAAUUAUCUUUGGGGAGGGAGUAAGUAAACUGGGUUGCAUUUUAGAUUGUGCUGAAAUUAUGGAAAUUGUAGUGAAAAAGGGUUCGUGGUACAGUUAUGGUGACCAGAGGUUGGGACAGGGAAGAGACAGAGCUCUUCAGUACUUUAAAGAUAAUCCCGCUCUUCAAGAUGAAAUCGAGAAGACUCUGCAGACCAUGCUGACUAGUGGAACUGUUCAAAUGGGAUUUCAAUCUAUUAGAAAGCCAUUGCCGAAUCAGGAAGUACUCGAGGAGUUCGAAUAAUGAACAGUAAAUGAUCUGGUAUGGUUUAGCAAUAACAACAGAGAUUCCAAGCAUAAGCAGCAUUUUCCUUCUAUGGAAGGGGGUGGGUUGAUAAGCCUAAGCCCCACAUAGGUCCGUUUUCUGUGCUACAUCCGCCAUAGGCAGGUGUUAGAAGCCAACAAUUCCGCCUCCUUUGUUAGUUAGGUGUGAGCUACAUGUGAUAAAGACAGUAAGAACUGGCUUUGCUUCCAAUCUUCGACGAUGGCAUUUUGGAUCAUCCUCGAACAUUAUUGAAGUCCUUCGAUCUCGCUACGACGUAGGUAUAAUUUAAAACCAAAAUUUGAGAAGUUGAUAUGAAGUUACAUGUGUCAUUUUUACUGCAAACUUAUGAGGUAUCAUAUUCACAUUUGUACUUACUGUAUAACGUAUAAAAUGAUUGCUUCCCCAGUACAUUUUAUUAUAGGAGGAAUUUCGAGCAGAUGUGGUUUCUUGUGUUGAACAAACCUUCCAUAUUAGUUCACAUGAUGAGUUACUAGUUCGGUCCCAUUGGUUAA